GUCUUCUUGAUUAUUGUUAUUUUAGCAAUGAAUUUGAAAAUCAAUUUGGGCUAUGAAUUCAUCACAAUUCAAGAGGAUCAUUUGAUGCUUGAGGGCAUCCCAUUUUAUGCAAAUGGAUUCAAUGCAUAUUGGCUCAUGUCUGUUGCUUCUGAUCCGACUCAGAGAUCUAAAGUCUCGUCGGCAUUCGUUGCGGCCGCCAGGCAUGGCCUCGCCAUCACUCGGGCAUGGGCAUUUUCUGACGGCGGAGAUUCUCCUUUACAAUAUUCUCCGGGCUCUUACAAUGAACAAAUGUUCCAGGGAUUGGAUUUCGUGGUUUCAGAGGCUCGGAAAUGGGGAAUCAGAUUGAUUCUAAGCCUAGUGAACAAUUAUGAAGAUUUUGGAGGAAAACAACGAUAUGUAGAUUGGGCAAGAACGUUCCACGGGGAAAAUGUGUCGUUGGAGGAUGAGUUCUUCACAAACUCUGUAGUGAAGGAUUACUACAAAAGUCAUAUUCAUGUUGUCCUCAACCGGCAAAACAACCUUACGGGAAUUGCAUACAAGGAUGACCCGACAAUAAUGGCAUGGGAGCUCAUUAAUGAGCCCCGAUGCUCUUCCGAUCCAUCGGGAGCUACUUUACAGGCUUGGAUAGCUGAAAUGGCUAGCUAUGUGAAGUCGAUAGAUAGCCACCACCUACUCGAGGUUGGACUCGAAGGCUUUUACGGGCAAUCGGAUGAGGACAAUAGUACACAUUUUCAAACCGGAACGGAUUUUCUAACCAACAAUUUGAUUCCGGAGAUCGACUUUGCAACUAUCCAUUCAUAUCCCGACCAAUGGUUAACGAAUCGAAGCGACGAAGAGCAGAUGUCGUUCUUGAACGAGUGGCACAACAACCACAUUCGCGAUGCGGCUAAGGUUCUCAAGAAGCCUAUUAUGGUUGCAGAGUUCGGAAAGUCUUGUAAGGAUUCGGGAUACAGUACGGCGAAGAGGGAUGUGAUGUUCGAGACAGUUUUUUCGACGAUUUAUUUAUCGGCUAAGGAAGAAGGAGCGGCAGCCGGCGGGUUGUUUUGGCAGCUUCUAAUGGAAGGAAUGGACGGCCUUCGAGAUGGUUAUGAAAUCGUGUUCGAUGAAAAUCCUUCGACAGAUGCAGUGAUCGCAGAGCAGUCGAAGAAGCUUAAUAACAUUCGAAAAGCAUAUGUGAAAAGACAAUUGAAUAGUAAUAGAAAUGUACCAUAG